AUGGCCGACUCAAAACCCAACCGUCAGCUGCAUCUCACGGCCUUCAUGCGGCCAGUCUCGUUGCACACAGGUGCAUGGCGUUAUCCAGGUUCAUACCCCGAUGCCAACUUCAAUUUUAGAUACAUUGCCCAAUUUGCCCAAAAGCUAGAAGCCGCAAAGUUCGACGCCUUCUUCAUGGCCGAUCACCUAGCAGUGCUGAACAUGCCCGUCGAAGCUCUUAAGCGCAGUCAUACUGUGACUUCAUUCGAACCCUUCACGCUGUUAUCCGCUCUCUCUGCCGUCACAGACAAGAUCGGUCUUGCUGCCACUGCUAGUACGACUUAUGAUGCACCGUAUCAUGUUGCCCGGCGAUUUGCCAGUCUUGAUCAUCUGAGCGGCGGACGAGCGGCAUGGAACAUUGUUACUACUGGAAACCCAGAAUCGAGUCAUAAUUUCGGCUUCGAUGAACAUUUGGCCCAUGGCGAUCGGUAUAAGCGUGCCCGGGAGUUCUAUGAUGUCGUCACGGGGUUGUGGGAUAGUUUUGCCGAUGAUGCUUUUACCCGGAAUGUCGAGACGGGAGAAUUUUUCGAUCCUGCGAAAAUGCACGUAUUGAACCAUUCCGGUGACGAGUUGAAGGUUCGAGGGCCGUUGAAUAUUGCCAGACCACCGCAGGGAUGGCCGGUCAUUGUGCAAGCAGGACAAAGUGAGCCAGGACGACAGCUGGCAGCUGAGACUGCGGAGGUUGUGUUUUGUAGUCCGAAGGAUAUUGAUGGCGCGAAGGCGCUCUAUACGGAUAUCAAGGGGCGAGUGGAGAAGGCGGGACGAAAGAGAGAUCAAUUGAAGAUUUUACCUGCGGCAAUGAUUAUUGUGGGUGAUAGCAAGCAGGAUGCACAGGAGAAGAGACUGAAGUUAGAUAGUCUGGUGCAUUACGACAGUGCCAUUGCUUCUCUGUCGAUCUCACUUGGGGUGGACGUCAGUGGACUUGAUCCAGAUAGUCUGUUGCCCGACGACCUGCCCGAGACGAAUGCGAGCAAGACCAGCAGAGAGUCUGUUGAAAAGCUUGCUAAGGAAGAGGGACUGACAAUCCGCCAGCUUGCACAACGAUAUGGCGGAUACUCAGGGUUGACAUUCCUCGGUUCGCCGAGCGAUAUCGCCGAGGAGAUGGAGACGUGGUUGCGUGAGGAGGCUUCUGAUGGCUUCACAUGCACAUUUCCGUUCUUGCCACAGGGUCUGGAAGAGGUCACAGAUAGAUUGAUCCCUGAACUCCAGCGAAGAGGCAUUUUCCGCAAUGAGUAUACGGGCUCGACAUUGCGUGAACACUUCGGCCUGCCGAGACCCGAGAACCGGUUCUUCACUGGGGAAUCGUAA